GUGCUUUUCUGUUUCCAUACUUCAUACUUCUCAUUUUGGUCGGUAAACCCAUGUACUACAUGGAGGUGGCUCUAGGCCAGUUCUGUAGCCUUGGUCCCUUGUCUGUCUGGAGAUGUUAUCCACUGGGAAAAGGAAUUGGGGCAGCAAUGGUGAUAAUUUCUCUCAUUGUUUCCAUCUACUACAAUGUUAUCAUGAGCUACUGCUUGUUCUACAUAGGCCAUUCAUUCCGUUCUGUUGUCCCAUGGGACGACUGUUUUACUUGGUGGGGAGCAGACAACAACACAUGUUAUGUCAGAACUAAAGGCCAGAUCCAAUGUAAUGAGGCAUUAAAACGGCUAGUGAAACUGUACAAUAAACAUUACAAUGGCUCAGAAGUGAUGGGAAGCAACUCCACGGAGAACUUUGUGAAUGUUACUGUCUCCAAAUACAAGAGUGCUUUAAUAUCUCCAGAUCUUUACUAUUCAACUUUAGCUAACUGUACCAAUGCUUCUCAAACAGCAACCGAGCAGUUCUGGGAAAAGUUUGUCCUGGAUAUAACGGAUGGUAUUGAAGAUAUUGGAACUAUCAAGUGGGAAUUGGCUGUGUGCCUUUUAGUUUCGUGGAUCAUUGUUUUCUUAUGUCUCAUGAAAGGUGUUAAAUCUUCAGGAAAG